AGAUCAAGAGAUGAUUGAUUCAGCUUUGCACGAUUACUUCAAAGUUGAUAGGUAUCUUGCAAGAGGUGAUAUUUUCUGCAUUCAAAUAAAUUGGAAUUGCAAUUCAGAGAUGUGCAUUCCGUGCAGCAAGAAGACCCAUAAAAGUAUCACAGGCAUUACUAUCAUUUCAAGGUUAUUGCAUAUGCUGUAUUUCUCUUUUCUCAUCAGAGACGUUGGAGCUAUAAAGAAAAAUUAAAGCAGAACCAUACAUAUUACAUUAAGCAUUUUCUAGGCCCCAUGGAUUAUACAUGUACAGCCUACAUUUUGGUGAUUCUAAAUGUUCCCAUGGGACGCUCCAUAAUGGAUGGGGGAUAUCUGAAAAUCUCCCCCAUUGGAUGUUCGUUUCUUUCUGGUUGAGCUCCUGCUGAAUGCAAAUGGUUAUAAUUGGCUAUUCUAAUCGGAUGGCUUGAAUCAUCCAAUGAGGGAGAUACUAGAUUGUGGCCAUCUAUGAUGAGACAAACCAGAUCAACAGAAUAGGUUACCAAGAAGUGACCCCAUUUGUACCAUUACUUCGUCCAACAAAACAGAAGAUGCUGUUUCUUUCAGUAGAUCAUCACAUAUUACUUCUAUGAUUGCAAUGAUCGCUCUGGUUGGUGGUAAUUUUUGUUUUUAGGUCAUCUAUAGCAAUGGAGCCGUUAAAUGAACCUUUUCUUCGUGUCAAAUGCAAACAAGCAGCACUUGUACUUGGAGGGAGUGUGGCGUCGGCUCUCCCCCCUGAUUCACUGAUUGGUGAUUCCAAAGUAUGUAAGCCUUUGCAAGGGGAUGUAGUUAAGAUUUUGGCAUCCGUUCUUACACCACCUUUAUGCCCGUCAGUGCUUUCUUCAAAAUUCAGGGUCGCCGUUCUCUUGCAUGGUCUUGCAGGAUGUGGGAAACGAACUGUUGAUCAAUAUGUUGCUUGUUGCUUGGGACUGCAUGUGGUGGAAUAUAGCUGCUACGAUUUAAUGACGUCUUCAGAAAGAAAGACAUCUGUUGCACUUGCAAAUGCCUUCAACACAGCUAAUAGAUCUUCUGCUGGGAUGACAGUUCAUUGGUGGGCAGUUGUUUUCUGGCCUAGAUCCGUCCAUGACUGUCCAUCAUUUCUGUGAGAUCAGGAUGCUGCUGACGACUCAGCAUCACAUCUGGACCUUUGAUCUUUCGAUCUACUUCGCUCAGCACACCCUUUUUUUUGUCAUCUCUGCCC